AAAAAUAAGAGAGACGUCGACUGGCAGCAGAGAGAACAAGACGACGGAGGUCGAAGUACGAAAGAAGAGAGAAGAAACCUCAUCACCCCUCUCAUCUUCAUACUUCAAACCCUAAUCAAACAUUUAACCUCUUCUAUCUUACUACCAAAUAUAGAUAUAGAUUCGGUUCGUAUCUAUAUAAUUUCUGUGGUAAUUAGGAAACCUAAAAUUAUCUACUCAGAACAAUCGAAUUGGUCAGUUUUGGCCUUGACGUCGGUUGGAAUUUCAGAUCCAUACCGGCGGCCAUUGCCCUACUUCUGAGGGCAAUUAUCGGCUCUCAGAUCUGCCAUAGCUUAGCUCGAACCGUGCGCAGCUACCUGUCUCCGCAAUGGACGACCUGGAUGUGUUGGCCCGAGACUUUGGGCUGCGACCUGGUGGAAAAUCGGCUCCCAUGAGAUCCGGCGCCGGUGAUCGCCGGCCAGCUUCCUCCUCCUCGCCGUUGUUCGACGAUCGUGAUGGGGCGUUGUUCAGCGACGUUUUCGGUGGUCCGCCUAAAUACACGAGUUCCAGUAGCAAUAGCAAUAAAAACUAUUCUGCGAUGAACGAUUUGGAUUACGAUUCAAUUUUCAAGCCCGGAAAUGAUUCGAAGAACAAUUACGACAAUAGCAGCAGCAAGACGUCUUCUGUACCCGUGUAUGAUAAGCCGGUCUACGACGAGGAUAUUUUUGAUGGACUGCCAGGACUGAAGAGCAAAUCGGUUUCGUCAACGGCCCGAUUUGAUGGUGAUGUGUUUGCCUCAAUGACUUCUCCGCCUAGAAAGAAUCACAGUAGUAACCAGUUUGAUGAUCUGUUUGGGAAUUUGGGGAGGAAUGAGAAGGUGGCAGAACCCCAGAGCAGCAAGAACUCAAGCUCGAGAGCGUUUGAUGAUCUGCUAGCUGGUUUUGGCAGCAGUAGUGCAGCCAGUACUAACAGGCCAUUUACAGGGUCAAAUAAACAACCUUCCAAACCACCUGGUAGUUCCAGUCAGACAUCAAGUGUUAUGGAUGACCCUUUUGUUGUUUUAGGAACAUCUUCAGCCCCAACAUCUUCUCCUGGGGUAUUUUCUGAUCCACUUGAAGAAAUUACUAAGCUUGGUAAAUCUGGAAGUGCUAAGGCUGAUUCUUCAUCUAUUGGUGGGAAUGUAUUUGAUGGCUUGGAUCCACUCAAUGGCUUUGGUAAAUCUGUGCCACCAAGAGAUGGACCACUGAUGGAUGAGUCUAAUGUAAAUAGUGGAAAAUCUUCUUUCAGAUAUUCUGAGAUUCCAGGGAAUGACUCUCAGGAGCCUCCUCUGUUCGACAUGCCCUCUGCAGAGACUCAUAAGUCCUUUAGUCAAUCUGCUUCUCCUCCAAAUGAAAGUGCAAAUCAUACUGAGACAAACUCCCAGGUGGAUUCAUCUCCCAGAUCUGAGGAACCAGAGCAACCUUCAGAAGAUAUUUGGCUUACUGUAUCAGAGGUUCCUCUUUGCACACAACCUACUAGUGCUCCACCUCCAUCACGGCCCCCACCUCCAAUUCCAAGGUGGACCUCAAAGCCAGAGGCUGGUUUCUUCACUUCACACGGAAGAAGAAGAGCUGAUGAAUAUUCUUCAUCCCCAAGUUACAGUCAAUACUCUCAAAGUACUAAACCUGCUUUCUCCACUGCUAAGAGCCCUCCAGUAUCACAUCUGGAUGAAUUUGAGGAAUUUGCCAUGGGGAGGACUCGAAACAGUGUUGAUGGAAAUGUCGAUGUUCUUUCUGGUGAAGAAAUGAAUGCAAACACUGCUGCUGCUGCAAUGAAAGAGGCUGUUGAUAUGGCUGAGGCUAAAUUUAGACAUGCUAAGGAAGUCCGGGAAAGAGAAAAUGUGAAGGCUGCUAGAAGUAAGGAAGCUGUGCAGAUGGAAAAGGAUGAACAGGUCAUGCAUGAGAGAGAACAUAGGGAAAACCAAGAGAGAUUAGAGCGUGAACACCGUCAGCGUGAAAAGGAAGAGGAAGAGAGAGAACAAAGGAGACUUGAAAAAGAGAGGGAGAGAGUGAGGCUUGAAAGAGAGAGGGAGGCUGAAAGGGAUAGGGCUAGGCAAGCUGUAGCAAGGGCUACAAAGGAAGCGCGUGAGAGGGCAGCAGUUGAAGCACGCGAAAAAGCAGCAGCUGAAGCACGAAUGAAAGCUGAAAGAGCUGCUGUUGAGAAGGCAUCUGCUGAAGCUCGAGAACGGGCUGAAAGGGCUGCAGUUCAGAGAGCACAAGCAGAAGCUCGUGAAAGAGCUGCAGCAGCUGCAAGGGAAAGGCAAAAUGCGGAAACAAGAGAGAGAGAAGCAAGAGAAAAAGCAAAGACUGAGGCUGAGGCACGCCGUCGAGCAGAACGAGCUGCUGUGGAAAGGGCUGCUGCAGAGGCUCGAGAGAGAGCUGCUGCAGAGGCUCGAGAGAGAGCUGCUGCUGCUGCUGCUAAGAUGAGUCAGCAAAGGAAUGAUAAUGAUCUUGAAUCCUUCUUUAGUACUCGAGCAAGCAGUGUGCCAAAGACAAGUUCUCCAGAAACAAUGUUUGAUACACAAUUCCAUAAUAAGGGAAGUUCUGAGGGGACAAAGUCAACAUUUUCUUCUGGUGGGGUCUCCUCUAAUAACAUGAGGAAAGUGUCAUCUGCCAAUAAUAUUGUAGAUGAUCUGUCUUCAAUUUUUGGAGCUGCUUCAUCAUCUGGGGAGUUCCAGGAAGUCGAUGGAGAGAGUGAGGAAAGAAGAAGAGCUAGAUUGGAGCGUCAUCAACGUACUCAAGAGCGUGCGGCGAAAGCUUUGGCUGAAAAGAAUCAACGUGACCUUCAAGUCCAAAGGGAUCAGGAAGAAAGACAUAGGAUUGCGGAGACUUUGGAUAUUGAAAUCAAGCGAUGGGCUGCUGGGAAGGAAGGAAAUCUGCGUGCACUUCUAUCAACUCUGCAAUAUGUUCUUUGGCCUGAAUGUGGUUGGCACCCUGUUUCCUUGACAGACUUGAUUACCGGUGCAUCUGUCAAGAAAGUAUAUAGAAAAGCAACCCUUUGUAUACAUCCUGAUAAGGUGCAACAGAAAGGUGCUACUCUUCAGCAGAAAUAUAUUGCUGAGAAGGUCUUUGAUCUCCUGAAGGAAGCAUGGAACAAAUUUAACUCGGAGGAGCUUUUCUAGAUCUACAUUCAUUGAUUACUUUUGAAUGGCUCUUGGACUACUAUCUAUAGAAGUUGUGUGCACAGUUACCAGAGAUGCUCAUGCUAUGAUGCCCACAAUUUUUUCGUGCCCAUUGGUGUUGGAUCUUGCUUCUUGCAAGCUGCUGGUAUGGGGUGAAGCAUUUGUAGCUGCUGCUGAGAUGCAUGGUAAAGUAAAAUAUACGACCGUUGUAAAUUGUUUCAAUGCCAGAGAGGGGUUAUACGGCAUUUGAAGUGACUGGUUGGUGUAGACUAGUAUUAUAUCCAAUCUUCCUGUGCUUCUAUGUCACAUUUGAUUGCCCACUUCAUCUGCAUCAGAUGAUUAUUUUGUUUGUUUUUGCCAAUUCUUUAUGCUUCUUGUUAAAGUUCGCAUUUGUUUGUGUAAGAGAGAUGUUUUCUUUUCCCCCCUCUAAUCUCCAUACAUAAAUCUUCAGGAGAACCGCAUUCAUAUUUAGCAGGGAGCUAAUAUAAAAUGUAUUCUUUUUCUGCUCAUUUCUAUGUAUUUUUGGCUUGUAUAGUGUCAGUGUAUUUCUACCAAUGAUUGCAUUUGUUGCCUCUUCACAACAAAUUUUGUAGAGUGAUUGUACAUUU